AUAAAACGCCAUCUCUAAAUUAAACGUCAUGGGAACUAGGUCGAAGGAAUAGUCCAUGUCUAACUUAUUAGACUAUUUUAUUGCCUCAGCGAGCCCUUCUCCAUGAAAUUAUUAUCUAAUUAGUGCACCUAAAAAAUAUACUGACGAUGACAUUUAUUUCUGAGACAUAGCUGGGCUUUUAUAUCAUCGGUGGAGAACCAAUCGAAGGAAACAAUUAUAUUUAUGGCAUAGACAGCGGGUCAUAAUGGCCGAUAAACACAGCCUGAACUAUGAUGUGAGAGAGUUAAAGUUAGGAGCCAGUUUCACUAAUAAUAAGGCAUCACAGUACCACACUAUCAAAUAUGACUUCAAGCCGGCGUCAGUUGACGUUAACAAAAUGGCAACGGUGGAUGUUGGAACAAAUAAUCAAGUGACCGUCACUGUACCACAUUUGGAUGGCGCCGGGGUCCCACAGACGGUAUUCAAAGGCAACCAGCGGCCCUACACCAAGGAGUGCGUGCUCAUCAUAGACAGGGUUACCGGCGAGAUUACACUGGAGAAGCUCUCUAGUAAUAUACAGGUUAAAAAGACAAGACAAGAAACGACUCAAAAGCCGCGGCCGCUGACGCCGGUGACGACAGACUUCACGAACACAACGCAGCGAUCCACGUCACGUACGCGCGUCGCCACCAACCGACGCAGCGCCACUAACGCAGCAGUACCUGGAACGGGUCCGGCGAACCCCGCGGCGCGGUACAACGGCGCCGGCAACAUCGCCAAGCCGCCCACACUCGUCAGAUCUCCUCCCAGACAGAAGACUUCGCCCCCUCAGGCUGCGCCUUGGUCAGGCGGCGGCAACAGUACCCUAGCAUCUCUCCCGAUGAUCGGGCUAGACGACUCGCUAGGCGGCCCCGCGGCCGCUGCCCCGGCCCCCGCGCCCGCGCUGCCCAGCCUGGGCCCCGCCGCGGGCCCCGCGCUGCCGAGCCUGGGCCCCAGCGCCGGGCCGCACGCCGCACACAACGGGUACGCGCGGCCCUACGAGCGGCCCGCACCCCCUGCGCCUGACAGGCCCCAUCACAAUACUAACGCCUACCAGCCGCCACCUCAACACCAUCAGCCCCCGCAACAAGAGGACAGUUCGUCGAGCUCGUCGAGCGAGAGCGGCAGCGACUCGGACAGCGGCAGCGACAGCGACGACAACGACUCCAGCGCGCAUCACUCUAUACCCAACGGUACCGCGGCCCCGAACCCGGCGCUGCCCGCCGACGUCCUCAACGAUGAUCUCUGCCUGUCGGAGUCGGGCAGCGACUCCGACUGACCUCACGACAAGCCUUUAUUUCAUCGGGUGUGGGUGUCUUAUUGUUUCAGCGUUUCUCUAUCCACACAGAUUACAACUCAAACUUGGCAAGUGUGCACAGAUCAUGACACUUUGUACUUUUAAACACGGAACAAUACAAAAAGAUUUUUUUUUUACAUAUAAAAGACAGAUUAUCAGUUUUAUGUCUUGUCUUUUAUAUAUGUAUUAAAAAAAAAUGAUUUAAUUUUUUACAACUUGAUAUGAGAGUUGAAUUUGUCUAUGCAUGCGAUAAUGUGGGAUGACUGUCAUGCGAUUUGCAAUUUAUUUAUUGUUCCAUUUCUAAAAUAAUCCGUGUCCAAUAAAUGAUAUUACUCUGGGAAUGUACGGUUUUAGGAAAGAGAGGCAAUUGGACAGUUGAAACCAACAGCAAUCAAAAUAAUCAUCAAACUAGGAAUCCUUUUUAUGACUUGUCAAUCGAUUCUCCUGUACAUAUGGCAAGACAGCCAACUCAUUUUACUUAUUUUUAUCAAAUGUCCUAAGAAUUUAUUUUAAAUCGGCCACGAUAUAAUUAAACUCAAUUUAAAAUACUCAUAGGUUGCUUAUUGGUGUCAACUACCCAAAGACAUUGGUUCUGCAGGAACUUGUGUAAAAAUAUGAUGAUAUACCGUUGACAUCCCGUCGCCGAGACUACGGCGCUCGCUCUAGUGUUACAUGUAAACUUGCCAUGUUUUGAAAUAUUUUUGUAAUGUAAGAAAUGGUACAUUAAAGUAUAAUAUUUUUAUGUCAGAUUUAUUUUAUUCAUAAUUUUUAAGUAAAAUGAACUUAAUUGUUAUGUAUUGUUGACAUAAUUAAAGAUAAUCGUAACGUGCCUCAUGUGAACAUAGAUAUUUUUUUUUAUUUUAUGCCAAUAUUUGUAAAAGAUAGGAUUAAGUAAGUACGUAAUGAUUGGUAAUAAUAUUUUAUCGCGAUGUUCAUUUAUUUAAAUUUAGUUGAUAUCUAAAAAUUGCAAUAAUCCUUUGUACAGGAAGAUUACGAGAGUAAAUAUUGUAAUAUAAUGAUAAACAUGAUAGUUUGUCGAGAGAUAUAAAUCGUUUGUAUGUACAUAGAAAUGAGAGAACUUAAUUAUAUUAUAAUAGGGUUGUUGUGGUUGUUAACUCGCAAAACCUGGAAUUGUGUGCCUUCAGCAAACUACAUUGCUAAUUUAUUUUGGAUCAUUACGUCGUCUAAUAUUGAAAGACGUUACCUACCCAAUUAUGUCCACAUGCUCUUUUUACUUAUGAGAAUAUAGACAAAAAUAUGAAAUGAA